UAUUGUGUGCCAGUAUUUUGAUUCGUAUCUACUGGAAGUGAGCAAAAAGAGAAAAGUGAAGGCUGUCGAGGGGAGGGGGUGCCGAAGAAGGGAGCUGUCAAAAACGUCUUCCCAAGUCCGUCCAAAAGCGGAGGGCUGGGGCUCGCUAUCUCUCCUCCGAGGACACAUUAAUACCCGGGGCCUCGGCGCAAGUUAGCUCUUCGCCUGCCUGAUACUCGCUGGACUCUUCUCGGCGUCUCCUGUGUGCCAGCGCCGCGGCCCUCCGGAGGUCCGGCGGCGUUCUGGGGUGUCGAAGUCGGCCCGGGGAGCGGCAGCGGAGUCGGGGAAAAAGUUGCUCAAGAUGAAGGCGGCUUGCUGCCACAACUAAUGCUGCAGUGCGCUGAGUAGAAGCAACAGUCCUGACCUGGUAACAUACGAAUGGCCCAGGGAAGCCACCAGAUUGACAUUCAGGUUUUGCAUGACCUGCGCCAGAAGUUCCCUGAAGUUCCAGAGGGUGUUGUGUCCCAAUGUGUUCUGCAGAAUAACAACAAUUUAGACGCUUGCUGUGAAUACUUGUCCCAAGUCAGUCCGGGCUACCUGUACAGUGAAGAAGGAAACAUCAGCUUUUCUGAAGACCCCGGCUUGACCAGGCUUCGUAAUCACAUGACCCAGCUGAACCUGGGCCUGCAGUCUCAGAAUGUGCAUGUGGCCCCUGUGCGGGACGGCCUGAGAAUGAACGGCAGUCGGACUCUGGCCCAUAGCCUGAGCGACGGGCCCUUGCAGACAAGCCAGGCCCCGAACAGUGACUUCUUUCAGCAGGAGCCACAGUCUGCUCCAGCGGAAGGGCCCACCAGUCUCAAUGUGUUUACUGCAAUGGAGCCAUCGCGCAAACCCCAGCCUCCGCAGCACCUUGGACUCUACCCCCUGGGUGUCAAAGGAAUGUCUGUUGGACCCCAGCAAACGCCACGCUUCAACCCCAUCACAGUGACGCUAGCCCCGCACAUUCAGACGGGUCGCAACACUCCAACUUCUUUACACAUACAUGGCGGGCCACAGUCAGGCCUGAGCAGUCCACAGGGUAACUCCAUCUACAUUAGGCCUUACGUAAGUCAAUGCGGUACGACACGGCAAAACCAGCAGCAGGGAGGCAGGGCCCAGUACAGCCCCACUUCACAGCCUCAACAACAGAUCUAUCAGAUCUCACAUCCUUCGUCAUUGUGUGGCUCAUGGUCCGGCCCUCAGCAGGCCUCUUCCUCACAUACCUCACAGCACCACACCCAGCAGGGCCACCAGACAUCUCAUGUCUACAUGCCAAUCAGCUCCCCCACAAACCCCCAGGCACCCUCCAUCCUUCCCUCUGGAAGCCAGGCGUCUUCAUCUGGCGUUUCUUCGUCUUGCUCGUCGUCUUCUUCGUCCUCCUGUUCCUCCGUCAUGCCCACUUCGCUCUCUGCUAUCAGCCAGUACAACAUCCAAAACAUCUCCACUGGCCCUCGGAAGAAUCAGAUCGAGAUCAAACUUGAAUCUCCUCAGAGGAGCAAUUCCACCACAACAACAGCUGUGCUGCGAACAGGCGGUGGGUCCCGUUCUUCCUCCACCUCGUCCUCUUGUCCCUCCUCCUCGUCCACAACUGGAGUGUCUACGGUCCCAAGCACCCCUCUCUCCAUUGGAGGUUCGGGUCUGAGUCGUAGCCAGCCCACUGUUUACAUCUCCCCUAGCCCACCUUCUGCUGCUACCACGCCCUCUGAGGAGGCUGUCAUGGCCUCAGCUGGAUCCCGCUCGCAACCCAAGUUUUACAUUUCAGCCAAUGCCUCCAGCGACGACAGUGGGGGAAGGAACCCUCCCACGGUCUACAUCUCAGCUAACCCUCCUUUGCAGGGGCCACCGGGCGCGAGGAACAUUGGGGGCCAGGUGAGCAUGGGCCCCGCCUAUAUCCACCACCAUCCACCCAAGUGCCGUGCCUCCGUAGGAGGGGGAAGCACGGCUUGUUCUCCGCGUGUGGUGGUGACUCAACCCAACACAAAAUAUACUUUCAAAAUCACUGUGUCCCCCAAUAAACCCCCAGCGGUGUCCCCUGGGGUCGUCUCACCUACUUUUGAGCCCAACAACCUGCUCAGCUUACCCCCAGACCAUCACUUUGCAGAGCCGGAUCCCCUCCAUCUCUCAGACCCGCUUUUGCCGCACAAGGACAGACCAAGUGAGCCUCGCAGACUCAGCAUGGGCUCUGAUGAUGCAGCGUACACACAAGCCUUGUUGGGCCAUCAGAAGGCCCGCAUGGAGAGACUGUGGCACGAGCUGGAGCUAAAGAAGAAGAAGCUGGAGAAGCUAAAAGAAGAGGUCAAUGAGAUGGAGAAUGACCUGACCAGGAGACGGCUGGAGAGAUCGAAUUCUGCCACCCAAAUUCCUUCAAUUGAAGAGAUGAAGCAGUUGCGAUGCAAAAACCGAUUACUACAAAUCGACAUCGACUGUCUCACUAAAGAGAUUGAUCUCUUUCAAAAAAGAGGACCACACUUCAAUCCCAAUGCCAUCCAUAAUUUCUACGACAACAUGGGAUUUCUUGGUCCCGUCCCACCCAAACCGAAAGACCCAGACAGUAAGAGUGUGAAAGCCAUGGCGGACCAGGAGGAAGACGAGGGGACGCAGUGGAGCUGCACCGCCUGUACCUUCCUCAACCACCCAGCCCUCAACCGCUGUGAACAGUGCGAGUUCCCACGAAAUUUCUGAGCCGCACCACUCCGCCUACUUUCUAUCGCGCUACAAUCUGGGAAACAAAAAUUGCUCUUACCGAUCCUUUCCCAAGUGCUAUGAAAACUCUGAUGGGGCGUAAUCAUUGUGCAGCCUCUUUCCUUUCUUUCACCCCCACGCCCUUACGAAUGCUGUCCUCCUGAAGGUUUGACUGGAUACUGUUUACAGAUUGUUUCUUCCUCAAGGCAGGCACAGUCGGAUGAUACCUCACGUUAGAGACUCAAAUUGUGUGGCGUUCUUUUUUUCUCCCCACUCAACUGGUGACUCUUCACUGCCCCUCCCUCUUUGUGGGGAUACCUCGCUGCUCCCACUUACAGUAUUAGGAGUGUGGCCCCUUGCAGUGACACAUACCUGCACAACACAGGUGCCAGCGUGCCUUUUUAGCUGUGUCUCAAAUCCAAUACUUCCGUCAGUACACUGUGUACUAGAGAGAGUGUAGUGCUGUCCCAAAUCCAUUGUAGUUGUCCUCGUUCACGGUUUGAACAUCGCUCCCUCACACUUUUAUCAUGGGUUUUAAAAAAUGUAUUAAUUAAUAAAGGAUGGCUGUUUCGGGUUUGACAAUGACCUAUUAUUAGUCCAAAAAUACUGAAAGACGAGUCAUAUGGUCACUAGGCGUCAGUAAUGUUACAUUGAUGAGACAUUACCUUAUAUUACAUUACCUUAACUUGCACUGCAUAGAUGCGAAGCGAAAACAUUUUCUCCUCCCAUUCCUUGUGAAAGUGAUACGUUUUUGGCUUCUUAUUUUGUCCUUCUUAUCCGCUCCGUUUCGAACCCUUUUUAAGUUUAGAAUAAUUAGAUUGGAGGCUAACUAGUUAGCUCGAUAGCUUGCUACGUUUAGAGCGGUGGCCGUCUCUUCUGUCCCUGCAGAGAUCCCGUAGCCUGCGCAACGUGGUGUAAAACAAGAUAGCAGUAGUGCAGCAGCGUGCAUUAUUUUACGUGUAUGCCAGGUCCAUGUCAGGCUUUUUUUUUAAUGCCACGCAAUCGUCCCACAUUAUGUUCAAGAUACUACAACAAGAAGGAAAUUUCCCAAUACUAACGUGUGCGUUAUCGCUUAUCAUGUGUACUAUGAGGGUAAAGGUAUAUCGGGGUGUUAUCUCAUGUCUACAGGGCUCUAAUAAUGCUAAAAGUCAUAUUUAGAAGGUCAUAAACAGGUUUUGUAUGCGCCGAACAACGAAAAUAUUCAAUUUAUUAAUAUUGAAUCCUACUUUUAAAUCCUACCUUGCGUAAAAAACGCAAUAAACGAGGGACAACUGUACUCUCAUCGCGCACUUACCGGAAAUGACAAUCGUGGUAUUUACCCAGUCAAGUUGGUGCCUCCCCUUCCUCUAUGUAGCCAAGAUGGCGACUAUUGAGGGUGGGUAAGUGUCCAUCAGUGCAACAUCCACUGACGCUGCAUUAUGUCACACUUCUCAGUGUGAGCAUACUUCAGCACUCAAAAGACUAAGUGUAAGUAAACAAGUGUGCGAUUUGAGACCCAUGCUGUCUCUCAAAUCUAAUACUUCCGUCAGUACACUGUGUACUUAAUUCCUGAGUGUGCGAAUAUUGAGUGUAGUGCUAUCCCAAAUCCAUUACUAUCAACUAUAACUAUAGAUUGUUAGCCGUAUGUAAGCCCGUUCUUAUGUCAUCGGCCAAAAUCACAAGUCAAUGCACAAGCAAUCGGUUAUGUCGACAACCGUUUAUGUCGAUGUCAGCCAGCCAGUUGUAGGGGCGUGGGAAUAAGCGGGUUCCACUGUGCCAUAUACUUCCCGAGAUGUGAAUUGUGACAGUGUAGCGCUGUCCCAAAUCCAUUACUGUCGUCGUGCACUUACCAGAAAUGACUCUGGCAUUAUCCCUUUCUUCUUCUCCCCUUUUUAAUUGUGUAACAACUUAUGGAGCCAAGAUGGUGACUGUGGAGGCUGCACACUCUCGGUGAGCACACUUAAGUGUAAGUACGGAAGUGCGCGAAUUGAGACACAGCCGUAGUUUCUCUUCCUGUGGUGGCUUGUGGAAUGGACUUGGGAACCGCUCUCUAUCCGAAGGGAAAACUAACAGACUACUCACAGACUUUGUCGGACGUUUCUUGAGGAUGUUAAAGGGGAAGCUGCCUCUCGAAUGUGCCCCGCCUCCCACCCCCCAUUUUUUCCCCUGGUUUCUUUCCUCGAUGUUCCUUCUUUCCAGUUAGAAAUGAAAACAUGCAUGCUUUGUGUACAGAAAGUCCCUUUGAGCUUUUCCCUGUACAUAAGUGGAGAAGGUGCCUUCUGGUCACACAAUGAAUCACGUGUAUUUUCCUGUAAGUAUAGCGUUAUAGUCUUUGUUACUUGUUUAGUUUUUCCCCCCUCUUUUAAAACCAACAAACCCCCCCCCUUCUCCCCCGCCUCUCUUCUCUCUUUCAGCUUGUUGGUUUUCUGCGAGAGUUGAAGCCUUGCGGAAGGAGAAAGUAUAAAAAAACAAAAGUCAUCAGAAAGCUAGAUCGAUCCAGUUUGUUGUGCAUUGCUGGUGUCCCUGCUGAAAGUUGUGUGGACCAUCUGCACAGGCAGCAAAACACUCUUCUUCCCAGGAUACCAAAAACAUUUUGUUUUAUUUCGAUUUUUUGUUUUUCUUUUGUUUUUUUUAAAGAAAAUCACCACAAAUCAUACAUUCUCUUUUUUUAAUCUGACAACUGGAACGUUGUUUUCGUAUUUGGGGACACCGUGCUGUAAAGACACACUGAGGCUGUGUCUCAAUUGGAAGACUUCCGUCAGUACACUUCAGUAAGUACACUGUCCACUUCCUGUCGUCGUGCACUUUCCGAAAAUAACGACCGCCAUGUUUACCCGCUUCUUCUCUCCUUUUUUAAUUGCGUUUUGCAGCCCCUCCCCUUCUGCUACAUAGCCAAGGUAGCGACAAUCGAGUGUAGUAAGCGGCCUCCGCUGCACACUCACCGUUUUAUGACGGUAUGAUCGGAUACCAAUUAAAUACGGGGACGAUACGGAUACUCUUUACUUGAAAUUCUUCCAGAUUGAUGAUUUUGUGAUUUAUUUUGCCUUUGAAUGGGUAUAAGAUAUAAUAAGUAGAAGGAAAAAGAGGGUGUGCUUCCCUGGCAGGCCCAUAAUGAAACGCAGCACAAAUGUUUCACACAAACAAAAUUCUUAUCACCAAACUUAUUUGUGAACAGUUUACGGUGGAUCCUCGUAUGUUCGCGAUUCAGCAUUCGGGACCCGGCAAAUUUGCGGAUAUUUGAUCACAACCAUUUUUAAAAAAAAUUCAUACCAUUUGUGCAUGUGAUCUCCAUAAUCUCCUUACUCACACAACACAAACCAACAGGAGCUGAUCAACCCAAACUCCAACCUCACUCACGGUAACCACACUUGAUAUUAUACAUGAAAAACAAUCCCAUUUUAGACUCAUUUAUAACCCGCAAGGCAUGCUGGGACGCCCACGUGCACAUUUGCCCAACAGGAGGUUGCCCAGCAUGCCUUGCGGGUUAUAAAUGAGCAUAAAAUAGUAUUGUUUCACAUGUGUAUUUGUGUGUGUUUAUUUCAAUACACUCCUAGACGGUGUGGUGCAGGUCCAUUGUGUUCCACGUGUGUUUUGGUUGCACCGUGAGUGAGGUUUGGCUUGGUGUGCCCAAGAACGUAUUCCCCGAGUUUGUAAACAAUAUCAAACUGUAACACACCAAAAAAAAUGCAAAUAUUUGUGAAAUAAACAUAGAAAGAGACCUGAAAAAUGUCCAUGUCAUCACGCUAGUAUCGAUCUGAUACUGAUACUACCCUUGGCAUCGAUACUAUAAAUACUUGGAUCGAUACGCCCACCCUUACUUUCCAGCAUGUUGAGUGCAACAUACACUCAUGCACUUAACAGACUAAGUGUACUGUAAGUAGGCAAGUGUGCCGGUUGAGACACAGCCUUCAUUUCCAGUAACAACCCGAGUACUCCUGACUUGUUACUGCGUGCCUGGAAAUGUUGUAUUUUUCCUAAGAGGUACCAAAGGUUGGCAGCAAUACUCCUGCCUAAAGUGUCCUUCAUAUUCACCAACGGUUUUAUUUGUAGACAAAUAUAAAUGAGCACAAUGUAAUCCUAUUUGUUAUUUGGCCUCGUUCAUCCUCAAGCUUUUAUUUCUUCUACUUCUCCUUCCCCUUCAAAUUCUGUCAUCAACCCCCCCGCCCCCCAAAAAUAACCUUGCAUUUGUGCCUUUGGAACGAUUCCAUUUGUAUCUUUGAAUCUAUUUGCUGGCUAAUAACCACAAUAUUAAAAUCCAGAGAGAAGUAGAAGAUCAAAUCACGUCUCUUAAGCACUUAAUGCCGUACUACCACCCCCCACCCCCCACCCCCCGCCCCCUUUUCUUUCCAGCCCAAAGAAAAAACAUUUUUCAGCUUUUAUCUGCACCUUGGUGUGAAGAGGCAAUGUAUUUGUUUUAUUAAAUGGGGGGAAAAAACAUUGAUAUCUAAAAAAAAAACCAAAAAAAACGUUUUUUUGAUUUUAUCUGGGAAACUCUUUGUAACAGAUAAGUUAUUUGUAAAAAUAAUAAAAAAAUAAAAUCUUUUCAGAUUUUGGGGAAGUAGUGGAUUUGCCUU